CCGAAGUCUCUUCCUCAGCACGUAUUAAUUUAAAUUUCUUUUGAUAUAAAUAUCAUGCAAGCCCCACUCUCUGCUCUCCUCACACGCUAAAAGCUUACUCCUCCUCCUCCUCCUCUCUCUCUCUCUCUCUCUCUCUCUCUCUCUCUCUCUCUCUCUCUCAAAACUCAGACCGAUCACAGACGCGAUGUCUCAACGCGGCCGCGGCCGAGGCCGCCAUUCCGAUCCCUCGUACGGCUCCGACGCCCCGCCGUUUAAUCGCGGUGGUAGAGGCGGAGGCCGUGGUCGGGGACGACAGUCCGGCGCUCCACCGUCGUUUCAGUCCGAAUCGGGCCCUAGCCGUGGUGGUCCUGGAGUUGUCGCCGCUCCGACGGUGACUCAAGCUCCCUCGCCGGCGCCGAUGGCUCAAACACCGGCUCCUCGUGGGCCGGCGCCGGCUCAGGCUUCCUCCAGCUCGGCGCCUCCGCCCGCUGAGGCUCUUCUCAUCUCUGAGAUGGAGCAGAAACUGACGAUGACCGCUCCGCCGCCGUCUUCUUCCAAGGCCAUCCGGCAUCCGCCGAGGCCGGGCUACGGGAAGGUCGGCGAGAAGGUCCAAGUCAGGGCCAACCAUUUCUUAGUGGAGGUUGCGGAUAGAGAUCUCCAUCAUUACGAUGUGUCGAUUACCCCUGAAGUUGCAUCGAAAAAGAUCAACAGGGAUGUAAUUAAGCAGCUCGUAAAACUUUACAAGGAAUCCCACCUGGGCAAGAGAACCCCAGCUUAUGAUGGGAUGAAAAGUAUCUAUACAGCAGGCCCCUUACCAUUUGCCUCGAAAGAGUUUGUGGUGAGGUUGGCCGAGAAGGAAGGCCGGGAGAGUUCCUCUGCGGCAGCUGGUGCCAAGAGAAGGGACCGAGAUUUCAAGGUUACUCUUAAAUUGGCUAGCAAACCGGACCUUUAUCAACUCCAGCAGUUCCUACGAAGCCAGCAGCAUGAGUCACCUCAAGACGCAAUUCAAGUUCUGGAUGUUGCUCUUAGGGCUACACCUUCAGAAAAAUACACUGUUGCUGGGAGGUCUUUUUUUGCCAUUGAGCUUGGGCAGAAAGGUGAUCUUGGUGACGGUCUGGAAUACUGGAGAGGCUUUUACCAGAGUCUAAGGCCUACUCAGUUUGGGCUUUCACUCAACAUAGAUGUAUCAGCAAGAGCAUUUUAUGAUCCUGUCCUGGUAACUGUGUUUGUGAAGAAACUUUUAAAUUACAGAGAAUUGUCAAGGCCUUUGCCUGAUCGCGAUCGUUUGAAGGUGAAAAAGGCCUUAAAGGGGCUCAAGGUAGCAGUUUCUUAUCGUGAGAAUAGAUCUUAUAAAAUCAGUGGGGUCUCCGUCGAACCGCUGAACAAGUUGACGUUCACUCGAGAGGAUAAUAGUAGAAUUUCAGUAGAACAAUAUUAUCGCGAUACGUACAAUAUUGUGCUAAGGGAUGUGGCAAUGCCUGCACUUCAAUCUGGGAGCGAUUCAAAACCUGUUUAUUUGCCUAUGGAGCUUUGUUCCAUUGUUGCUGGGCAGAGGUACACUAAGAAGUUGAAUGAGAGACAAGUAACAGCUCUUCUGAGAGCAACUUGUCAACGCCCUGGAGAUAGAGAACGAAGUAUAUACCAGAUGGUUAAACACAAUGCUUACAAUAAAGAUGAGCUUGUCCAGCGGGAAUUUGGAAUGCAUAUAAGAGAAGAUAUGGCUUUAGUUAAUGCUCGUGUGUUGCCGCCGCCUUCGCUGAAAUACCAUGACACUGGUCGUGAGAAGUCUGAAAAUCCACGAAUGGGGCAAUGGAACAUGAUCAAUAAGAAAAUGGUUAACGGUGGUCGAGUGGAUUUCUGGGCAUGCGUCAAUUUCUCCCGAUUGGACCCAAAUUUUAACUUCCGAUUCUGUGAGGAUUUGGUUAAUAUGUGUGGCAGCAAGGGAGUGCAUUUCCAUCCGCAACCUUUACUUGCUCAUCAAUCAGCACAUCCUGGGCAAAUAGAGAGGGUGCUUAGAGAUAUCCAUAAGACGUCUAGCAAGAAACUUGAUGAAAUUGGACAUAAGGGAAAGCCUCUUCAGUUGUUAAUUGUCAUUUUGCCUGAUGUCACUGGAUCAUAUGGGAUGAUAAAACGAAUCUGUGAAACCGAGUUAGGAAUCGUGUCUCAGUGCUGUCAGCCUAGGGCAGCAUCAAAGCUGAGUAAACAAUACCUUGAAAAUUUAUCGCUCAAGAUAAAUGUGAAGGUUGGCGGAAGGAACACUGUUUUGACCGACGCCAUUGAAAGAAGGAUUCCUCGGGUGAGUGACAUUCCCACAAUCAUAUUUGGUGCGGAUGUUACCCAUCCUCAACCUGGGGAGGACAGCAGUCCGUCAAUUGCUGCUGUGGUGGCGUCCAUGGAUUGGCCAGAGGUCACCAAGUACAGAGGAAUUGUUUCUGCACAGGUUCACCGUGAAGAAAUCAUCCAAGAUCUGUAUACUGUAAAACAGGACCCUAACAAGGGACUUAUUGCUGGAGGAAUGAUCAGGGAGCAUUUCCGAGCAUUUCGACUAGCAACUGGCCAAAUACCAAAAAGAGUAAUCUUCUUCAGGGAUGGAGUUAGCGAAGGGCAAUUUAGUCAAGUUCUGUUGUAUGAAAUGGAUGCUAUAAGAAAGGCUUGUCAAUCACUUCAGGAGGGAUAUCUGCCACCAGUUACUUUUGUUGUGGUGCAGAAAAGGCAUCAUACGCGCCUGUUCCCUACUGAUAAUCGGAGGACUGAUAGGAGUGGCAAUAUUCAACCAGGCACUGUCGUUGACACCCAAAUUUGUCAUCCGACGGAGUUUGACUUCUAUCUCAACAGUCAUGCUGGCAUUCAGGGAACUAGCAGGCCUGCACAUUACCAUGUCUUGUAUGAUGAGAACAAUUUCACCGCAGAUGCACUGCAGAUGCUAACGAACAACCUAUGCUACACGUAUGCAAGAUGCACUCGUUCAGUUUCCAUUGUUCCUCCUGCUUACUAUGCUCACUUGGCUGCCUUCCGUGCAAGAUACUACAUUGAAGGCGAGUACUCAGAUGGAGGUUCUACUACCGGAUCUACAGCUGGGGGUUCUGGUGGUGUGCGGUUCCGUGCCCUACCUGAGAUAAAAGAAAAUGUGAAAGAAGUUAUGUUCUACUGCUGAAUCAGUCUUGAGCUCCGUUUGGUCUUUGGUGGCAUUGGUUUCGACUAGUGUUUUGUAGAGGUCCGUUUUGUCGCUGGCGGCGGUUUCUAGUAGUUGUGUUUCGUCAAGGUCGUAUGAACUAAAAGUUGCACAAGACUUUAAUCUUAUAUUUUGGUUAUCGUCUGGAAGACGGACGUUUAAAUCGCUCAUCUCAUCCGCGAUGGUUUUGGUUGUAAGUUUUGUGUCCUAUGGGGGCUUAUGAAACAAGUCUUGUGAAGGAAAUGGAUUUUGGUUCAAAGUUAAGAACCAGAAUAUUUUGAGGUGGAUAUAUUACAAGGGAACUAAUGAAAAACGUUUGAAAAUUUUGAGUUUUAAUAAUAAUGAUAAAAUGAAGAGUAAA